UGGGUAAUUUCUUGUGAGUCAACUAUGGCGGAUGUCAUUUCAAAUAUUUUGGUUGUGACAGUAUAACAUUUUAAGACAUUCUGCUAUAUCAGCAACGCUAAGAAUUUGAAAACAUGGAAUAUUCAAAAAGCUUAAUAUUUUCUUUAGUGUUUUGUGUUUUUAUCAUAAAUGGUGUAGAAAGUAUAAGUGUUCAGAUACAGGCAACACCAUCAGAAGGAAUUCUUGGACAGACAACCUUACAGUUGAGAUGUUCUUAUACAACAGUGACAGGAGAAAUUGUUACAGGUGUAAACAUUCAGGCUAAGAUAAAUGGACAGUUUUCAAAUAUAGCCAUAUUUUACACUCCAAAUGUUCCAAUAAAUGCAACCUUAACAAAUGAUGGCAAUUAUCUAUCAAACAGAGUGACACUAACCAACCCAACAGAUUCUUUGACAAAUUCUGCUUUCAUACAGUUUUCUCAGAUAGAAUGUGAAGAUGAGAAAGAGUACAUGUGUCAAGUAGCCUAUGCAAGCUCUGCUGGAAGUAAAACUACAGAUUCCGGUGUGGCUAAUAUAAGUGUUAAAGGUAACCCAGAACAACCAGAUAACAAUCCAUCAUAUGUACCAUCAGCUGGGAUAGAAGAAGGCAACAAUGUUGUCUUCACAUGUACAGGUAAUGUUGGCAAACCUGAAGGCAGGUUCAGAUGGGUGAGAUACAGACGUAACUCUGUUGGUGUUACUAUACAAGAAACACCAUAUGAUUCAGAGACCACCACAGCAGCAGUGAUGCCAGGAACCUGUACAUCCAAUGGUACCAGUUCCCUGACACUGAAGAUGGAACAAAUAGAUAAUAAUGCUGUAGUCAGAUGUCAGGUUGUUUAUCAAAAUGUACCACAGGGGAGUUUAUACAAACAGACCUUCCCCAUUAAUGUGUAUUAUAGUGUGAGGAAUGUACAAGUAACAAAGGAUUCCACAAAUCCAACAUUUGCUGAAGGAGCGGGGCCCAUAACUCUGACAUGUAAAUCAGAUGGCAAUCCUGCUGUAACAGAUUAUACUUGGCACAAAGAAUCCAACACCAGUGUGACACUAGGGACUGGGCCUACAUAUGUCAUCAAUAAUGUUGUGGUCAAUGAAACAGAUAACUACAUAUGUGUGGCACAGAACAGUUUUAAUGGACAGACAUUCAACAUGAAUAACUCUAUACACAUACAAAUAGACUUUACCACUACAACUUCAACUACAACUCCUUCUACUACUGCAGAAUCCAUAUCAACGGCAGCACCACGGCUUCCACCAACAGAGGAUGGUUUAGGUACUGGUGCAAUAGCAGGAAUAGCUGUUGGUAUAGCUGUACUCGUCAUCAUAAUUAUAAUCAUAGUUAUCUUUGUCAUGAGGAGGAAUAAUAGAGGGAAGGAUGACAGCAUUGAUGAACCACCAGAGAAACCAAGAAACAACCUGAGUUUUGUAGAUAAAAAAGAUGCAUUAGGGGAUAAGAAUGGUCCAUUUAAUAAUCAUAAUAUACAUUAUGCAGACUUGAAUUUUGAUGAUCGUCCAAGAAGUCGGAAACCAUUACAGUUGAGUCAAGAUUCUGAUUUAGAUCAUACACCAUACGCUGAAGUGAUGAUGCCAAGAGUGUAGCUAUCAUCUGGUGCAUUCAUUACAGAAAUCAUGCCAUUAGACUUAAUUGUGUAUUUGUAUGGGCUGUAGCUGUAAGCUUAAUAUGUGUGCCAAAUUGUAUGUGAAUGUUAGUUUGUCAUGUGACAUGAUGGCAGGUCAUGUGAUUAGAAAGUUUUUUUUAUCAUGGCACGUAUAAUAUUGAUCAUGUGAUUAACAAUUUUGAAUAAUGAUUGAUAUCAUACGUGUGUCCUGAUAUUAAAGGGAAAUAAUUAUUACAUCACUGAAAAAUAGUUUUAAGCUUUGGCUUUAUGCAAUAUCAAAUCAUUUUGUUUCUGAACUUGCACAGUAAUGUCCCUCAAGGUGGUCCUGGCAUGGAUCAUCCUAAUCAUGUAAACACUGUUAAUGCUAUCAUGAUAAUUAGAAGAAAUUUAUAAUUGGUACUUCAUUUGUACAACUUUAAUUUGUAAAAGAUUUUACCAUGUUUACUUCUGUUUGUCAAGAAUCUCAAAAUGAUAAGAAUCGAAAUAAUUUAUCAAAAUCUAUAAAGUAAAAUUUAUUGAUGAUUUAACAUAAGGCGUGACAGGGCAUGUAAUUUGAAUUGAGCAUUAGGCCAGGCUGACCAGCACAUACUAAGCUUAGGUAUUACAUUUUAAAAAAUGAAAGUCUUCAUGGUCUUGUAUAUACAUGAAUUUUGGCAAAAAAAGCUUAAUUUUGAAUGUAAAGGCUCUUUACUGUCAAUUGAAUGUGUGACCAUAUCAGUAAUUGAAUAAAAUGGUGAAAUGUAUCAUUUACACAUAGAGAAGGGACUGCAUGUAUUUCAAUUAUGUUUUAAUAUAUUACAAACAAAAGUGCUAACUGUCAUGAUUGUACAUAAAACUAUUUUUAUAUAUAAUUUUAGCUACGUAAUACAUUCCAUUAGGCGGGAUCACUUGAAGUAUGUAAGAUUCUAUUUCAUAUCACUGUUGGUUUAUUAUAUUAAAUAAUCAUUAUAUUUGACUAUAAAUCAAUUUUGUUGGAUUUUAAGUUGUAUUGAACAUAUCUGAGCACUGUACACGAAAUACAUAUAUUUUUGUACUUUAUGCAAAAUCAAAUUUUUUAAUAAUAUACUUUAUCAAAAUCCAUUCCCUCCAAGAGUAAGUGGCCUUGUAAAAAGUUUCGUCCAUUAUUUUAUAAUUAUAAGCUACUGUUUAAAUGCAAACUAUUGAACAUACAUUGCAUUUCCAAGUUUUUAUAUGGCUGUAUGUUUUUGCAGUCUUGUUAACAUUUUUUAGAUAGAAUUAGAACAUAUCAUUCCAAAUUUCUGUGUUGUGAAUUACAAUUUAUGAACUUUUUUUUUAUUCAAAAGUGUUGUGAAAUUCAUAUUAGUUUGACAAUUUCCACAUGAUAGAUUAUUCAUCAGCAUUCAAAUAUUUGAACAUUCUAAGAAUAUUUCUCAAAACCAAUGUUGUGAAGUAAUGAUACAUUGCUAUUUUCAUCAUAAUUGUUAAAGUUGAAAAUGAAUAUUUGAGAAUUUUUGUACGGACUUGUUUAAUUUUGUCAUUUAAGAAGCAACCAUGGUCCAAUUGACCAUUGAUUUGACUGUAAAUGCCUUUAUUUUUGUUUCUUCAUGGUCAAUGUUUUAGAAUAAUAGUAUGGUAUGAUUUGUCGUGAGAUGUGUAUGUGAUUGAUUAGAUUUGGUCAAUUUUUGCUAGUGUCUGCACUGUAUUAUACAAAAGUGAUAAUGUUUGACACGCUACCCUUAAGUAUGUAAUUAUAAGCUUCAAAUAUAUAAAUAUACAGUAUUUACUAAAUGUAUAACCCACCAAUAUCGGCAUGUCACCUUCAUUCAUUCAUAGCCAAUUGUUCAUUCAUAAUUUAACCUAGUACAUUCAUACAUAUUUGAUCAUUUAGUAUUGUUUACAUCUUUAUGCAUAUCUAUUUCUGUGGCUGUUAAUUAAUUAAUAACAGCUUGCAAAUAUGUAUGCUGACGACUAUAUUAAAAAAAAGGGAUAUAGGCAAUAAUUUGUACUUAAAAUCUGAUUCAUUUUCUAAUACAAUAAGCCAGUUAAAAAAAAAUGAACUCAGGAUCUUUUCUUAUGUAAUUAUUUGUUUCGUUGGAUUCUUUUUAUUUUCCUUUGUAGUGUUCUAAUUUUCAAUUUUCUGUUGUAUUGUUUGCAACAUUAUCUAGUUUGGUUUAUAUUGAAGUUAUUGUUCCUUUGAAAUUUAAAUUAAAAUCAUUUGAUGAAUUGGUUAUGCAAUUUUUCAUGUGCAUUAAUCAGAAGUAAAAUAGCGUAUACAAAUUUCCUUUCUGCAUUUAUCAGCCACAAACUUUGAAUAAUAUGAACUGCAAUACUAAAUGCACUUGUCAUUGUAAAUAGUUCAUCGUAACAUAUCAUAGAUAUCUCAUUUCUCCUGUAGUAUACUAUUGUAGAUAUCUCCUUGUACUAUAUCAUCUAUGAUAUUACCAUUUACUAGUCAUGUAUAAUAUGUCAUUCAUUAUAGGUCAUUGUAUUAUAGACUAUAUACAGUUUUCUCUGUAUUUUGAUGAAGAAAUCAGUCUACUGUUUAUUUAUUAUUUACAUGGAAACAUUUUAAUAAGGGGUAAUCCAUCAUGUUACAUGUAAUUAAAAAGAUUUUACAAGGGACUUGGACCAUAGGAGAAUUUGUAGUUUUUCCUUAACCAAUUCUUUAAAAUUUUAUAGACUUUUCCAUUGAUAAGAUAUCUGAGAGACUGCCAUUUACAAUUAUCUUAAAGGUUUUAAAUUUAAACAGUCUUUGUGAGUGAUAAUUGUAAAUUGUAGCAGCCAUCUUUGAACUCAAUGAUGUGCAUACAUUUUAUUGAAAUUAACAAACUAUAGAUUAUGAUUGUUUAAGAUUUGGGUGGAGAAGAGGAGAUUAAUCUAAUCAUUUAAUUCUAUGAUAAUUUUUACUGUAGAUUUACCCAUGUUGUGAUAUAGCAGGAACAAGAAUAUGCACAUUUAUAAAAUUUUCAUUCAGAACAUUGAAUAAGAAUUACCUUAUCUUUUAUAUGAUAAUUGAUCAUUUAUCUUUGUUCUACUUAUUAUUUUGCAUAUCAUUUAUUUUAAAAACAAGCUCACAUUCUCUUUUUACAAAUUUUAAUAAUAGCACAAUAGAUAAUAAGCUAAGCGAAAUAAACAUAAAUUCUGCCAUUUUCCUUUUUAUAGGACUAUUCCAUUAAAAUGUAUGUGGAAGGAUAGAAAGGGAAGUUAAAUUAUUGAAUGUAGGUCAUGGGUCUUUUUUCAGUAUGCAUCUAUUACCAUUAUUCAAAAUUGAAUAAAAAAUGGUUCUUAAUUGUAGUGAUAAUUUGAAAGUCCCUUCCUACCUUCCAACAUACAUUUAAAUGGAAGAGCUCUCAGUGAAAUUAUUCCACGAUACCUUAAAUCAUGAAUUGAAAAUUUAUUUAAGUUCCAUUUAAAGACCUUGCCUUUAUGGGAUAUAGAUAUUAUAAAAUAUUGAAAAGAACAGUAUAUUUGUAGCAAAGAAGAUAUCAUUGUUAUUACUUCAUAAACCUAUCAGAUAAUAACUUAAAUGAUAAUUUACAUGAAAUACUUUAUAAACAUAUCCCCAAAUAACCCUGUAGCUGUAGUUUGGUGAUAUCAAGCAAUAUUGGUUGUUCUUACUACCAGGACUUAUUUCAUGUUUUGAUUUAUUCAUAUACACAAAUCAUGAAAUUGGAAAAUGUAAAUGGUGAAUAUACAGAUCAAUUUUAACAGGAUCCUUUAAGUAAUCUAUCCAUAUGCAUUUCAAAUAGUUAAUGAAUAAACAAGAACAAUUAUGGGCAUCUUUAAUCAUUAUUCAGGUUGUGUAUUAGUCAUUAUCAUUGUAGAUUUAAUUUUUUACAAAGAGAUCAUGAUAUCAACCAGAUCAAUUGUAUGUAAAGGGAACAAGGAAAAUUCAAUCAAGUUACAUUUAUUUUAUCAUUUAGCAUUACAUUUAGAUUGUUUUUAAGAAUUCCAGAUUCUAAGUUACCUUGUUAAUAAAUUUGAAUUUCUGUA